UCACACGUGUUUUGCAUCGCAGCACAUCGCUCGUAUUAUUUUCUUUGAGAAAAUAUCUAAAUAGAUAAAAAAAAAAAAGGAAGAAAAUACAAUGGCCGCAGUUGCAGAAACACCAAACGCUGAGGUGAGCGCUGAAGUGAAGGAGGCUGAAAAGGUAGAAGAUGUAGUCGAGUCAGUGGCCGACAAAAACGGAGAUGUAAAGAAAGAGGAUCCGGAGGCUCCCGCUGCUGAAGAAUACAGUAAGCAAGAGCGCGCAAUCAUUCGCCAAGUUGAAUACUACUUUGGUGAUGCUAAUCUGCAUCGAGACAAAUUCCUCAGCGAGCAGAUAUCAAAGAACGAGGGCGGCUGGGUGCCGCUCUCAGUGCUGGUCACAUUCAAACGUUUGGCAUCGCUUACCACAGACUUCGAUGAGAUUGUUAAUGCACUCAACAAAUCUGACGAAGGCCUGGUGGAGAUCAGCGAGGACAAACAGAGCUUGCGCCGUCACACCGAGCGACCCGUGCCGGAACACAAUGAGGAGCGGCGCAAGGAGAUUCAGGAACGCACCGUUUACGCUAAGGGGUUCCCAUUGGACGCCCAAAUGACUGAAAUACUUGAUUUUGUCAGCGCCUACGAAAAGGUGGUAAAUGUGACAAUGCGCAAACAUUACGACAAGCCCACAAAGUCGUACAAGUUCAAGGGCAGUAUUUUUGUCACUUUCGAAAAGAAGGAACAAGCCAAAGAGUUUUUCGAGAAGGAGAAGAUCGUUUACAAAGAGCGUGAGUUGCUGCGCAAGUGGCAAAUUGAAUAUUUAAAGGAGAAGCAGGAGGAAUAUCAAAAAAAGAACGAGAAACGCAAGAACAAGAAGGAGCCCAAGCCUGAACCAGAAAUUGAAUUGCCCAAAAACGCGAUUGUUGUCUUUGAGGGUGCCCCAGACACUGUCACACGCGAGGAGAUACGCGAAGCCUUUGAGAAAGUCAAGGACUUUGAUAUUGCGUACAUUGAGUUCAACAAGGGCGAUACCAAGGGCUCCGUACGUCUCACAGAGGCGGAUGCGGCCGAGAAAUACAUUGCCAAAGUGGACGAUGCCAAGCUCAAGUUUAACGAUGAAGUCUCCCUCACACUGCGCAAGGCCACCGAGGAUGAGGAAAAAGAGUUCUUGGACAAGGCUAUCGAAUUCAUGAAGAAGCGUCGCGACUUCACACGCGGCAAGAACAACAAGCGCUUCGGCCGCAAACGUCACGGCGGCAACGACAACAGGAACAACAACAAGAAGCAGCGCUCAGAGUAGCGAGACACUCAGUUGUGCUAGACUCCAGAUGCAGAUGAAAAUGUUAGUUCUAGUUGUUAGCUUUAAGCAACCAUUUUGUGACAUCCAAUUGCUACUAUUACUAGUUUUCCAGUAACAUUAGGCAUACGUAAGUCUGAGAUCCGUAUAUCUGAGAAAUAUGUACAAUUUACAUAAUUUGAGAGGAACUCUAAUUUAUUUUUACUACUGAACAUGUUUUGUUUUUUCUUUGCUUAAAAAACAUUAAAAUAAAUAUCAGUUUGUAAUCUAUCUUGUA